UUAGACAGAUUAUCAGCUCCUCAGAUUAUCAAAGGAGGGUGAAGGGUCACUUUCUACAGUCAAUCUACACCUUCUCUCAGAGGAGCGUCAAUUGAUUUUAAAACAUCGACUCAAGUGGUUUUUGGACGCUUUCAUCUCCUCGUUGUGAAGUAUGUCUCAGAGGAGUAGAACGUCUUCAAAAGAAAGCUCUGGUCCUUCAUCUUCAUCAGACACUCCUCCUCCACGCUCCGCGCUCCGCAACUCCUCCAAAGACUCAAAAAACUCUGGCCACAGGGGCUCAUCUGACAGCCAAGGACGCCGCGGAAGCAGAACAUUCAGCCAGAACUCAGCUAUUGCUGCAGCGUAUACGCAGUAUCUCAAUUCUCUAUUUGGACAGGACAGAGAUUUACUGCCAGAGGAACUGGAUGAGCUGCUUGAAGCGUUUAAAGAGUUCGACUAUGACCAGGACGGGUAUUUGCACUACAAAGAUGUGGCAGACUGCAUGAGAACUAUGGGAUACAUGCCAACAGAGAUGGAACUGAUUGAGAUCAUUCAGCAGAUAAAAAUGAAAUGGGGAGGUCACGUGGACUUUGAUGAUUUCUGUGAAUUAAUGGGGCCCAGAAUGCUGGCUGAAACGGCUCAUAUGGUGGGACUAAGGGAGCUGCACUGCGCUUUCAAACAGUUUGACUGUGACGGUGAUGGACGGAUCACCUUUGAGGAGCUAAAGGAGUCCACAAAGACGCUGCUCGGGGAAAAGCUGAAAAAAGGAGAGCUGGAAGAAAUUCUGACAGACAUCGACCUCAACGGAGAUGGAAAUGUGGACUUCGAUGAGUUCGUUAUGAUGUUGUCUCUCCGAUAGCUGGGUGUGUCUCUAUUCCUGAGAGCUCAGUGGCGGAUCAUCAUAGGCCUGUCUGUCAGUCAAGAUGUUAAGUACGUUGUAAAUAAACUUCUGAGAUUCAUGUAGAAAUGUAAAAAGCAUAUAUCUGAAUUCAAUAAAAGUCUAAAAGAA